CCGCGGAGUCCAUGGGCAUGAUCAUGGGCAUGGAUGAGCAGAAUAUUAUUGCCUUUUUCCUCGAUAAAGACGAGUUUUUCUUUUGAUUAUCUUUUAUAAAGUGAUGUAAGAAACAAUUGUUGCUUAUGGAGACGACUUAAAACCAGGGAGAAUGGGAAAGAAGGACAAGAAGGAUCGAGAAGAGCGAAGAUCAAAGAAAGCCAAGGUUGAGUAUGAGGAGUAUGUGGAAGAAGAAUCAAAUGAUGCCGACCCGUCAGCAGUUCCUGAGGCUGCUACUCGUUCAGUAGAUGAUGCAGGUAAAGAAGAUGAAUUUGGUGCCAAGGACUACAGAUCUGAACUGGCACUAAAGCCAGACCACAGCUCCAGACCCCUGUUUGUGGCACCCAAUGGUCAUAUAUUUCUGGAGUCAUUUUCUCCAGUAUACAAACAUGCCCAUGACUUCCUAAUUGCCAUCUCAGAGCCUGUGUGUCGACCUGAGUUUAUACACGAGUAUAAGUUGACGGCCUACUCUCUGUAUGCUGCGGUGUCGGUCGGCCUGGAAACCAAUGACAUCAUAGAAUACCUCCGACGACUUUGUAAAACAUCGCUACCUAAAGGAAUAGAGGAAUUUAUACAGCUGUGCACCUUGAGUUAUGGGAAAGUAAAGCUGGUGCUGAAACAUAACAAGUAUUAUGUGGAGAGCCAGCACCCAGAGGUGAUCCAGAUUCUCCUGAAGGACCCAGUCAUACAGGAGUGUAGAUUCAGGGUAGAUGAGACUGAAUUACUUACUGACAAAGUGUCCUCAAAGUCUGCUCUACAGCUGGCCAAACCUGGACCCAGUACCUCCUCUAGUGCCCCAGCAGAAGGGGGGACGAAACCUGAGGAGGCACCAGAGGAGGAGGUGCCGGACGAUAUCUACGCUUACUACGACAAGAUGGACAAAGACGAAGAUGAGGAGGAGGACACCAAAACCGUGUCAUUCGAGGUCAAACAGGAGAAAAUAGAGGUCAUACAGAAAAGAUGUAUAGAACUAGAGUAUCCACUACUGGCAGAAUAUGACUUCAAGAAUGACACAGUCAAUCCAGACAUCAACAUUGAUUUGAAACCGUCCACGGUCCUGAGGCCGUACCAAGAGAAGAGCUUAAGAAAGAUGUUUGGAAACGGUAGAGCCCGCUCAGGAGUCAUUGUACUACCCUGUGGUGCUGGUAAGACUCUGGUGGGGGUGACAGCUGCCUGUACUGUGAGGAAGAGAACCAUAUGUCUGGCCACGUCAGGGGUCGCCGUGGAGCAAUGGAAACAACAGUUUAAGAUGUGGUCUACAGCUGAUGACAGCAUUAUAUGUAGGUUCACAUCAGAUGCUAAGGACAAACCAAUAGGGUCAUCUAUACUCAUCAGUACCUAUUCUAUGUUGGCCCAUUCCACCAAACGCUCCUGGGAGGCAGAAAAAGUCAUGGAGUGGAUGCAGAGUCAGGAAUGGGGAAUCAUGAUCCUUGAUGAGGUGCAGACAAUACCUGCCCGUAUGUUCAGAAGAGUCCUGACUAUUGUGAAUGCCCACUGUAAGCUGGGACUGACCGCCACGUUGGUACGAGAGGACGAUAAAAUAGCAGACCUUAACUUUCUGAUUGGUCCAAAGCUGUACGAGGCAAAUUGGAUGGAACUGCAGAAUAAUGGAUAUAUUGCUAGAGUACAGUGUGCAGAGGUGUGGUGUCCUAUGGCCCCAGAAUUUUACAGAGAGUAUCUCAAUACCAAGUCUCAGAAGAAAUUGUUGCUGGCAGUGGUUAAUCCUAACAAGUUCCGAAUGUGCCAGUUUCUCAUAAGAUACCAUGAAAGACGUAAUGACAAAAUCAUCGUCUUCUCAGACAAUGUCUUCGCUCUGAAGAGCUAUGCCAUUAAACUAAAUAAGCCAUACUUAUAUGGGCCAACUUCACAAGGGGAGAGAAUGCAGAUCUUGCAGAACUUUGUCCAUAAUCCAAAAGUCAACACCAUUUUUGUCUCUAAGGUGGCUGACACCUCAUUUGAUCUCCCAGAGGCCAAUGUAUUAAUCCAGAUUUCUGCCCAUGGGGGCUCUCGGAGACAGGAGGCCCAGAGGAUGGGGCGAAUUCUGAGGGCCAAAAAAGGAGCUGUAGCUGAAGAAUACAAUGCCUUUUUCUAUUCCCUGGUUUCACAAGACACAAUGGAGAUGCAUUUCUCAUUGAAAAGACAGAGAUUUUUGGUGAAUCAGGGCUAUGCUUACAAAGUCAUCACAAAGCUUGAAGGCAUGGAUAAGGAGAAUCUGGCAUAUGAUACAAAGGAGGAACAGGCUCAGUUGUUACAGAAAGUGUGUGCUGCCACAGAACAGGACGCAGAGGAGGAGAGAAUAGCCGGGGAGGGGGGAUUCUCACAGGUGAGCAGGAAAGUUGGCAGCAUGUCCUCAAUGUCAGGAGCAGACGACAGCCUCUAUAUGGAGUUCAAAGGUAAAAGGUCAGCCUUACCUAGCAGCCAUGCCCACCCACUGUUCAAACGCUUCAGGAAAACUUGACAACAGACUCAGGACUGAAGAUUGUUAAACUUUGUUAAACUGGUACACCUUGAAGUUUUUAGGAAAGAAAUCAAACAGAGGAUUGUUGUUCUGUUGUAGUUGUGAACAAUAUUUAGGUUCAAUAAUUCUUUCAAAAAUGAGGAAUAAAAGAUUGAUGCUGUAUCGUGGAUAAUCUUAUAUGAGGAAAAUGUGAUUUCAUAUGAUUAUGUGUAUGUGCCAAUUACAAUUGAUAUUUACAAGUACAUUUUGCUAAAUUCAUGAUUUAUAAUUGCAACGAUACAUACAGACAUGAUGGAGAAAGUU